AUGGACUGGAAACCAGGAUUCUAUGAGGUUAUCUGGAGGGUUCAAUUUUUUGACGCCCGUGAGCGACAGGUAGACCGUCUCGAAAUCCUGAAGCGCUCUCAGGAACUUUCCCGCCAGGCACAGUUCUGCGGAUACCAAGGCUACAAAAAUCCAAUGCGGUUCCCGACUUGGAAUGGUGCUGAAGAAGCAUCAUAUCCACAUCGUCCACUAUUGAGAUUCAGUGUCGGAUAUGGAAGGUCACCGAGGCAGAUUUCCGACUAUAGGCUUGACUAUCGGCUGGGCCAUCCAUCAUUUGCGGAUCAGGUCUUGCUUCAAACGAAUGACGACCAUCUUCGCUUGGAUCACAUGGUAGAUUCUAAAGAAUACUGGAGCAACACAGAGAGUGGCUGGAUGAAUAUCAAGAGUGAGGGGAUUUUUGAGUUAGUCCGCGGCCGCAAUCCUGUCUUCGUGGUUUCAAAUAUCGACACCGGCGAUUGGCAAGGGGACUUUCGGUUUGGAGGUGUGGAACUAAGACUCGUCUCCGAGGCAUCGAUACUAUCUUGA